CCGUUGCGAAUGCGCGCUUGUUUCAGUUGUGUUAUGACAGCUAAUGUCCAUGGUCAUCCACAUUUAGCGUUUCUGACUGAAAAACAUUAAACCGAACAACCAGAACUUGAGAUGGCCACAGACCACGAUGAGGUGGAAACCAUCUUGAGCUCCAUCCUCGCAACUCAGAAGGACGGUCUACCCUUGCAAGCCUUAGACGAUGAGUACCAGGCUAACGUUGGAACGAGUAUACCGUACCAAGAGCUUGGGUAUGACUCCUUGGCUCAGUUUCUGGAAAGCGUGCCCGAGGUGGUUUCUCUGCAGAGGGCCCCAGAUGGAGAAAUUGUUGCACAUGCGGCCUACAAUGCUAUGACAGCCCAUGUGACAAAAAUGGUGGCAGAGCAGAAACCAGGCCCAGUCAGAGCACGCCGGCAGCAAGUACAAAGACCAUUCCACAGGAAUGUCCAUCCUUACCAGAAGGCAAAUCGCACCAGGGGCCAGGCUUUGGGACCAGCAUAUCCAGCGGCAGCGGGCCGUCCACAGACGCAAGUGGAUUUCUCUGCUCCCAGGAGGAAACCACUGCUGGAACUUCCUAGCAAUGUCGAGAGGUUCCGCAAUCGACGCUAUUCGAACAGACCUCGAGCCAAUCAGAAACACCUAAGCCUGAGGUUCCCCAUGGCUGGAAACUUGACGUACGGAAAUGGCCGUGGUAGCAGCACUAGGGAUGACAGGGAUGUUGCUGGUGAUAGCCAGCAGCCACAGCGAAAAAAAGGUUGGCGUGCUUCAAACGUGAUGGCAUGGACGUCCUUCCUCUUUGCGGCUGGUGUGGUCCGCCAGAGGGCAGCUGUGUACGCCAAGCUUCUGAUGUGGCACGGAGCAACACCAAGCAGCAUGUGGCUUUUCACGGGCCAGGACAUAUAUCAGAUGGGCAUCUGCGAUUACCGCGACAUCCGCAUGAUCCAAGAGCAUGCCCAUCGGCUCCAUGCCAUGCACCGGUCUUCGGCGAUGGCUGAACAUUGUUUGGGUGCGUCAGGAUACCCUGGUGCAUUUGACGAUGUCUCCGCACAAGAAGAUGGCUCUCGUGGAUUGGCGCACGGCCCGAUGCGCCGCAACAAAAGAUGGGUUCGUGCCAAAGGCCACCAUGAUCGUUCAGGCUUCAUUCCGGCUCCACUGAACUUGAGACCUGUCACCGGGGUGUCUUCCAUCAAACAGAGGCUUGGGUGGCAUUAUUGAAGAUGCGACACUGGUGCGGUAGCGAUGCUCCUUGUCGUGCGUCAAAAGCUGCCGCAUGCUCUUGCUUGGAAGGUGUGGGGCUUGAACUGUGAUGCCCUGUUUCCAAUUAAAGUUGGACGAUUGUAGCUUGUGCUCGUAUUUUAUCUUUGGCAGUUGCUUGCAUCUCUGCAAAGAUGAAACGAUGCCAACGGCAUGGCAUCUUGGGUGCAUAUCAGAUGCUAUGUGUGGUUUCUGUGUCUUUAAUAUUUCUUUGAUUUUUCAUUGAAUGUUGCAGUGUUUUCACUACUAGUAUUAAUGCGUGAUCAACUUUAUCACUGACCAAAGUACAAUCGCCAAAGUGCCAGUAGAGUGAAGAUAUGUGAAACUGUGAAGAAACUACUUGUACAGUGUCCAAAAUCAUUGCAAACUACAAUAAUCUGGCAAGGCUCAAAUGUCUGGUUUUAUGUUCUUGUUCUCCCUUUCUUUCCUUUUUUCAAGCCCAGGAAGGAUUGUUUUAGAAUAAUUUGGAGACUACCUUUGCUGGGAGCUGCUUCUGUAAAGUACCGACACAAAAUUUUAAAUGCAGGUUAUAACCUGUGAGAUAGAUUUAGUAUGUGGACACACACGUCGUCUUCAAAAUAUCAACAACAAAUAUAGCCUAAAUGUAUUUAAAGGGGCUCUGCAACACUUCACUUCAGUAUGGUCAGAAAACGCUGCCGAUCGGAAGUCGAGGCUUCUGAGGACACGUGAGUCAAACGUUAUAGCGCAGCACACAGCCUGGAAUUUACAAUUAAUUCUCAAAGUUAGCUAGAAAUUGUUUCCUUUUCUUUCUACAAAUGAUGCCAUAUGCCCAAAGGACCGCGCCAUAUACCCAAAUUUCACGGCCAUUGGCUGAUUUAAGUAUCGUGAGCUGGAUAGUUACCGCGGCCGCCACGUGCCCACGCACAUGCUCGCGAUCACACUGAAAGUAAGCCGCACAUUCGAAGAAAAAAAAUUGCUCAAGGUCAUGAUACGCGCAUGAUGUAACUUCUUUUCCCCGUGCCAUCCCUCCCUGCUUAGCUUCCAGUACACUCAUUGGGACGAAAGAAGAGAGAAAGCAAUUGCAGUGUGCAACAGAUCUCUGUCACUCCACUCAUACUUGACGGACUCUAAAAAUUUUUACGAUGGUCGAUUCGUGAGGCAGUAAACUUCUUUAAUGCAGCCAUUCGAUGGUUACUUUGAAAAGUGUUGCAGGGCCCCUUGAAUGUCAAUCAUAAGGUGUGUACCAGGCAGCUGAGCACAAAAUGGAGCACCUUGUGUCACUGACCUCAACGUUGUAGUAAUGUUUCAACGUGUUAGUAAAAUUUUUGUGUCAGUACUGUGUUAAAGGGGUCAUGAAACACCCCUUGGGCUGGUUGAAGAAACACAUCCUGCGGAAAGCUGACACGGCUAUGAACUGCUCUGCCAAAUAUUACAGUUGUGCGCGCCGCGUAAUGGCCACAAGCGGAGCGCGAAGUUGCCGUUUCCCCAGGCACCCUCUUUUCAAACAGAGGCCGGUUCUCACUCUCGUCGGUGGGCGGGGCCUCUGUCCGUUUACGUCGCGGAUCUGUCAGUUUACGUCGCAAGAGACAUAGCAUGCUUAUUGGCCGAUAGCCGACGUAAAUCGAGAGCGG